GCAAUCCUCGGUCAACAACCUCCAAUCCCCCGCCCCCCCCGCCAUGGAGCGACCGCUGGGCCUGCGGCAAGCAUGGCAGGCGGGGACGAGGUCCGUUGGGACGCGGUGUGCAUCACCGCGCGGGUGCCCAAUCACGCGGAGGCCUAUCGCAAGGAGCUGCUACGGCGAGGCCCUGCCCUGGCGGCGCUACUGCUGGCCGUCAGCGACCCCGAGCUGAGCGGCGUGGACGUGGCAAACGACGGCGUGUCCAUCGGCAGCGGCGGGGCCACGCUCAACGCCCUGCUUCUGGUGGCUGAGCACCUCAGCGCUCGCCAGGGCGACAACAGCGUGGACAUGACGAUUCUGCAAGCGAAGCGCGUCUUGAUCCUCCACACGGGUGGCACCAAUCAGCGGAUCCCCGCAUUCUCUUUGCUGCCCGGCACUCAUGGUGCUGCGCAAAGCACCAUCGACCUUCUCAUGGCAAACCUGGGGCGGCUUGCAAAGCGCUGCCCACCGGGUCUUUUCGUGGUAUCCUCACAGGACUCCUUCAUGGGUGUCUCAGAUGCGUUCUGCGAACGCUUCGGACAAGCGGCUGGAGAGAAAGGCAGCGUCACCGCUGUGGCUCUUGCGCGGCCGCUGGAGGAGGUGGCGCUGAAAUACGGCGCCUACCAGCUCGGCCCAGGCGGCGAGGUGCGGCAGGUGCUUUUCAAGCAAAGCCUCGCACAGCUCCGCGCGGCCUCGCUGCCAGGCUCUCCAGAGACAACGGCCAUGGCAUGCGGCGUGGUGUUCUUCGAGUCCCAGGCUGCCAGCAGUUUGCUUCACCUGGCCUUUGACCCCGCGUUUGAGGCCUGCUCCUACUUGGGCAUCGACAACGGGGCAGCACCCAGAGGAUUUUCGCUCUUUCUGGACUUGCUGGCUAGUAUGUGCACUGAUGUGGAGUACAACACCUUUUGCCCAGAAGAGUGCGGCAUGCGGCCGUUGCUCUGGCGCGCCACGCGGCAGCUGCGCUUGAAAGCAGUGCUGAUGGACGAGCCUUCGCAAUAUCUUUUUGUACGGUCCACCCGGGACUUUGUGCAGCUCCUGGGCACCUUGGAGACAGCGCACUCCUUCGGCAGUUAUUUGGACCCGCCUUCGGAGCAUGCGCGGGUGGUGAACAGCGUGCUUCGGAACUGCCAGAUCGCCAAAGACGCGAUCAUUGAGAACUCUUCCCUGGACAACUGCAUCCUGGAGCCUGGCUCCGUGUGUACGGGCCUGCGUCGGCUGAAGGGCUUGCGCGUGCCGGAAGAUGUGCAGCUCCAGCAGGUUCUUCUGCAGGAUGGGCGCUGCUGCCUGGUGACCUUCCUCACCAACGGCACCUUGGGCCAAUCCUGGCAGCAGCUGUUGGCGCAGACAGGCCUCACGGAGGAGCAGCUGUGGCGAGCCAAUGAGGAGCGGGAGCUGCAGACAGCUCGCCUCUUCCCUGCAGUCUCCUCGCUGGAAGCUUCUUUGUCGCCAGCGCUGGCCUGGGUGGAGUACGUGCAAUGCUGCCGCGAAACUCCCGAGAAUGCGCGGAGGGCCUCCUUGGAUCUUUGGCGGCGCAGCUGGUCUGCGGCGCUGACCGCCGCUGAGCGACUCUCGCUACAACAGCUGGCCACUCGCGCGGAUGUCCAGGCGGAGCUGCAGUGGCAGGACUGCGUUGCAGCAGACUCCAAUGUGCUGAGGGCACGCCAGCUGCUGCUCCUGCAGAAGGAUGCGCCCAUUCACCACAUUUUGGAGGACGAGGUGCGGCGCGGCCGCACUGGGCUUUUCGAUGUUUUGGACGCCGUUGCGGGUGCGGGGGACGCAGACCUGGAUGUGUGCGCCCGCGCGCUGGCGCAGGUAGCGGAGCUGCUUGCGCUGAUGGCGGGCCCGGAAGGGGGCCUUCGCAGCGGCAGCGCGCGGAACCCCCAGUGGCGCGCAGCGCUGCAAGGCCUGGGCUGCGACAGGACUCGUGCGCAAGCAGUUCAGCAGAUGAGGGACGUACGCUCCUCCUGGAUCCAGGACGGCCCUGUGGCGCUGAUGCGGGCGGCAAGACACUACGAGGCAGCGGCCCAGGCGCUGAUCCUGAGAGCGGUGGCAACGUGCUCCCAAUUUAUCCACGUGGCGCCGGCAGCGCCAAGCAGCGGUUGGCAGGUGGUUGAGUCGCCGGCCAGGAUCGAUCUUGCCGGUGGCUGGACCGAUACCCCGCCGAUUUGCUACGAGCAUGGGGGCGCCGUUGUGAACCUCGCAGUGCGCGUGGACGGCAAACGCCCGCUGGGCGCGCGGUGCCUGCGAAUGCCGAAUCAGUUGGAGCUGGUUUUGGAGACGUGGAACAAGGACCUUGGCCCGGACGUGCCGCCAGACAGCCGCGCCUGCGAGUGCCGCAGCCUCGCGGACUUGGAGGACUACAACUCGCCCAGCGCCCCCGCAGCCUUGCUGAAGUGCUGCGUGCUGUGCUGCGGCAUCGUUGCUGUGGAUGGCCCAGCCCUGCCCGAGCAGCUGCGCCGCGCCGGCGGCGGGCUGCGGCUCUGCAGUUGGAGCGCCUUGCCCACGGGCAGCGGCCUCGGCAGCAGCUCCAUCCUCGCAGCCGCGGCCAUGAAGGCCACCCUGGCAGCUUUCGACUUGCACAUGGACGACGAGUCCUUGAUUCAUGCGGUGCAAAACGUGGAGCAGAUGCUGACCACCGGGGGCGGUUGGCAGGACCAGGUGGGGGCCAUCCUGGGUGGAGCAAAGAUCGCACGGAGCGGCCCGCUGCCGCUGCGGGUGCUGGCGGAGCCGCUGCCACUGAGCCGUGACUUUGCGGAGGCCUUGGAGCAGAGGUUGGUGCUGGUCUUCACCGGCCGGCCGCGGCUGGCCAAGCAUCUGCUGCAGAACGUGAUCCGACAAUGGUUCAGCCGAGCCCCGGAAAUCUGCCAGACUGUACGGAGCCUCGUGAGCAACGCCGAGCAGUGUGCUGACGCCUUGAAGGCGGGCGACCUGCAGAAGUUGGGCGCGUGUUUGUCCGAGUACUGGGCCCAGAAGCGGGUCAUGGCACCGGGCUGCGAGCCCAAGAUGGUGCGCCCUCUGCGCGACCUGCCCGGCCUGCUAGGCUUUUCUUUGUGCGGCGCCGGCGGCGGCGGCUUUGCCACGCUUCUCUUUGCCGAAGGGAACCAGCUGCAGGCAGUGCGUACGGCGCUGAAGGAGAUGCCCGGCCUUGAGGACGCUUAUGCCUGCGCAGCGUCCAUCGACCAUCAGGGCAUGGAGUUGAGGGUCCAAACCGGUGCGCAGGCCCUUGCCGAUGUGAUGGGCGCGCUGGGCCGGAAUUUGAGGACUACGUCCGACACCGAGGAGGGAGGAAUCAUCUUGAACCGCAUGGCGCCGGUCUCAGUGGACCUAUGCAACUUCAACUUGGCGCGGCUUUUUGUAGCAGGAGGGCCCAGAGGAGUCGGCUCCAAACACGAGAGCCCAGCCCACGGGAGAGACGAGCCACAUCGCAGGCUCCGGGGCCUCGCGGCCUCUGCGCUGUGCCGCAUCCUGGGGCAGGCCGCUGAUCCGAUUUUCACCCCGUGA